GAAAUUUCAUUAACUUGCUCCCGCGGGAGUGCGAAGCACCCUGCGGAAAUUAUGGAAUACGCUUGGAACCGCGUUACAACAGUGUACCAGUGGCACUCUCCCUCUCUCUCACUCUCUCUAUGAGUUCCACUUUAAUCAUGCUUCAAAUGCGAACCGGAAAAUUGCCGGAAAAUUGAUUCUCUCUCUAUCUCUACUUUACGGCUAGGCUUCUUGCUUUAUCUUGUCCUGUAACCUCCGCCAUUUGUCUGGAAUUAGGGUUUAGGGCUUCAUCAUCGUCAUCUUCCUCCCAUGGCUUUUGAAUUACCAGAAUGCGAGGUCUUUUGGUCCAUGUGUAACAAAGCAGACAGGAAGUUCGCCAAGUCCGCAAACCUCCCUCUAUAUGGCAAAAUCAACCAUGCUUCCUCCUUCAAAAAGGUCUUCAAAAUUUACACCAAGCUUUGGAAAUAUCAGCAAGAUCACAGACAAAAGCUCAUUGAAGAUGGCGUCAAGAGAUGGGAGAUUGGUGAGAUCGCUUCAAGAAUUGCUCAGAUUUAUUUUACACAGUAUAUGAGAACAAGUGAGAUGAAUCUUUUGUGCGAGAGUUGCAGGUUUUAUCAGGCGAUCUUAGAGAGAGAGUAUUUCAAGGAGAAUUCUGCGAGUGAUUUGAGCGUGGCUAACAAGCAGUUGAGGUGCUAUGGGAGGUUUUUGACUGCUUGCUUGACGCUUGGGAAGAGGGAGAUGGUGCACCAGGUGGUUAAUCACAUGAAGAGUUUGCUUGACGAGCACAAGAGGAACUUUCAGGAUUUCAGCUAUAACGAUUGGAAGAGGAUGUUGAUAGAUAUAAAUAGGUUUUUGAAAGCAGAUACAGCCUUUAUGAAUAGAAGACCCCUGAGGUACAGUGUGGUCCUUGAUGCUGAUCCAUAUGCUCUUCCAUCCGUUUCUUCUAUAGAGGGCAAAAGGGCUCUAAGAUUGAGUGAUGCAAUUCUUGGCAGCUACCAUCACAAUGAGGUAAAGUUUGCAGAGCUUAAUCUUGACUUGUUUAGAAUGCUUCAAUGUCUGGAGUGGGAACCAAGUGGUUCUUUCUACCCUAAAAGGUUGGUGGAGUCAAGUGAAAGUUCCUGUGGUGAGGCUGGAGCUGCUGUACCCAAGCGUUUCUCAUAUAUUGAGGGUCUAGUUGAUCAUUCUUUGCCACCAAAUCCACGAAAAGCCAUUUUGUACCGUCCAGCUGCUACACAAUUCAUAUCGGUCCUUGCAGCAAUCUGGGAGGAUCUUGCACCUGAUGGGAUUUUACUAAUAUAUCUAUCUGCUGCGGGGAAGGCCACAUCAUCAAGUUCAGGACUCCCUCUAUCCUCUACUGAACAAAAUCCAGGCGAUAUGCAAGCUCAUGACUCUGUCUCUGAUGGAAACUCUAUUUCACCCGAGAGCUCUUCCCGUGAUAGCCCAACUGAAUCUCGUAAUCUACAUGAGGAGAAUCACCAUAAUGGUUCUAGAGGUUGCCUACGAUUGAGUUCUCGUGGAAAUGAAGGUUUGAACAAUCUUUACCCUAAUGACAUAAUCCCUUUCACAAGACGGCCGCUUUUUCUGAUUGUUGACUGUGACAGUAGUCAUGCAUUCAAGGCCAUAAGUGGUGCAGAGAUGGGAGAAACUGUUGCUUUACUUCUUUCCCCUACCCUUCCAUCUCCAUGUGCUGCUGAUGCUGAUUCAACCUCCCAGCCAAACAAUGGAAGCCAAUUCACAAUGUUUCUCACUGCCCCUUUACAGGCUUUCUGCCUCUUGGUUGGUGUUCCUGGCUUUAACCUUGGAAUGGAUGCAUUUAACAAAGUUGAUGAGAUGCUGUCCUCGUCAUUUGAUGAGUGGGGCAAAAUGUUGGCAGAUUCUGAAUCACUUGAUCCAGUGUGGGCUCACGUUUUAACCGAUCCCUUUCUAAGGCGGCUCAUUCUUCGAUUUAUAUUUUGUCGGGGUGCCAUCUCACUCUAUGCUCCAACGUCGAACAAGAAAGAAUAUCUUCCAGAGUGCCUUCCUCCUCUGCCUGAGUCAUUCCGUCCUGCCUCAGCUGCCGUUCGACAUGCAAUCUUUCGCAUUUCGUGGUCACUUGAUGUUGCGGACAACUUCCACUGUACUGGAGACAAUCCUGAUGGGAUUGGUUCGGACAAACUGCUGUGUGCAGUUUGAGAUGGACACUACCAGAGAUCGUUGUCAGAGAGUUUUGUUGUAUAUAAUUGCGGGCUCUCUCACACUCUCUCUCAUUCAUUUGAGGAGCCACUAUAAAUCUGGAAAUGAGAAAUGAAAUUGUUUGUCAAAAGGAGCUCUUGUUGUAUACAGUGGUGUGCUCUGUUUGCUUGUGUGGCCGCAUAUUAAGACAGAAGAUUUGCAUCAAGAAAUUGUCAUAUGUGCUGCCCCUAGAUUUUUUCUGCAUAUAUGGGGGCUA